UUUUCCAUGAACUAAUGACAGAAUUUUCAAACCACGGGCUAUUUUAAAACAGCUAUUCAUAAUUGUUAAACAUUUCAUCACAAUUUAAGAAUUAUUUAAUAGAGGAAAAGCUUGUUUUGUGUAAAUUUGAUUUUUUAAUGAAAUUUUGUUUUGAAACUUAUGUGAUUAUUACCGAGAACUUUGAUCAAAUAUGGCUGAAGGUCUUGUUCAGUGUUCUCUGUGUUCAAAAACAUAUCUUAUGAAUAAAAACUUAUAUCAACAUAUGCGAACUGUACACAAUGUUUCUCCUCAGUUGAAAGGGAAGAUUCUAUGUCCGUUGAAUUGUGAAGAGAGUUUUAGGUCUCACAAAGAUUUUCGUAAACACUUAGAAACCUUUCACAAAUACAUGCUAGAAAAUGAAAUGCAAGAUUUUGCCAAUUUGGAAAUGUUUGAAACCUGGAAGAAGAGCUAUGAGGAAACAUCAGGAUACAAAUAUGUAUGUCACUCUUCUGAAAAAAUUUUGAAAACUGGUGAAGGAAAAACAUAUUUUUUCUGUCAUCGAUCUGGAGUCUCCAAAAGUGAUACAACGGGUCUGAAGUCCCCAAGAAGAUGUCUGUCUCAGAAGAUUGGGAAAACAUGUCCAUCAGCUAUGGAAGUUUCACGCUCACUAGCAGAUGGAACAGUCAAAGUUGAUUUUUGGAAAACACAUAUUGGCCAUACUGCUGAACCCGAAUUUGCAACUCCUUGCAAGAAAAGCAAAACCAAAAAAUUAGAAAAGAUAGAUUUUGAAGUUUGUGCAAUAUUGCCUGCAGCUGGUUCUGGAGAGCGUAUGGGCUUAGACACACCCAAACAAUAUAUUUCUAUUCAUCAAAAGCCAAUAAUCUGUCAUACUGUUGAUGCAUUUUUAAGGAUACCCUUUUUUAAAAAAGUUAUUGUGGUAGCUGCUCCUGAUUGUGUGGAUGUGAUGCUCCAAACAUUGAGUGAAAUGUGCAAGUUAGAAGGAGACAAGCUGAUGAUUACAGAAGGUUCAAAUGCCAGGCAUCUCUCUAUUCUAUCAGGACUAAAAGCAUUAAAAUCUUAUUGUGAAGUACAACCAGAGGUUGUUGUUGUGCAUGAUGGCGUUCGUCCCUUUUUUCCUGAAGAUAUAGUCAGUAAAGUUGUUCAUGCGGCCAAAGAAUAUGGGGCUGCAGGUGUCACUUGUCCAUUAGUUUCAACUGUUAUAUCUGUGGAUGAUAAAGGCUUUUUGGACACUUCUUUGGAUCGGAAUAAAUUUAGGGCUAGUGAAAUGCCACAAGCUUUCCAAUUUGAUGUACUUAACAAGGCAUAUACAGAAAGUACCGCUAAUGAUUUGGAGCAUGGUACAGAAUGUCUUCAUCUUGUGCAAAAAUACGCUAAUGUCAGAGCUAAACUUUUACCAGUUUCAUCUCAUUUAUGGAAAGUAACACAUCACAAAGAUAUAUAUACAGCUGCAGGUGUUUUAAAAGAAUCUCAGACUGUUGCUGUUAUUUGUAAAGAACAAACUUCAGAAUUUGUGACAUUGUUGAAAAAUGUUUUAGGCAAAACAUUCAAAUUUGUUCACUCUGUUGCAAAAUUUAAUGUAUCUAUUCUGGGAAAAUUUCCAAACAUUGUCCAAGUGCAUGAGACGGAGAAUCCGUACUGUGUGAUUGAAAAAAUGAGCAGCUUUCAAAAAGUUUCUGAUUUGACUUCCAUUGUUCAUGUUUUCAUCAAUAGUUUUGACCCAACUAUCAACUUUUUAGAAUUUCAAAAGCAAGCAAAGAUUAGUGCCAAAGUUUUAAAAUUAGCUAAUAUAUUAGUAUAUUUUAUUGUAAGGGAAGAGACUGAGCCAAUGGAUUCUAUCGAAGAAAUGGUUGACUUGGUGAAAUCGCUUUUAUUUGAGAGUAACCCACAUGCUAGUGGGAAUGUCUUUCUUUCCUAGGUUCAGUUACAAAGCAGAAACCAUGCCAAAGAAAAAAAUUUCUCACUAAUGUUAUAACAUUGGAUGACUUUGAUGUGAUAUUUUUUAGAAAGUUUAUUUACAAAGUUGAUGACAGAUUUCUUUGGUAUUGUAUUUAGAUUUCAAAAACUAAUGCAGUACCAAAAUUUUGCAUCAAUUUCUACAAACCAAUACCAAAUGAUACUUAUUUAAGGAAUGAACAAAAAAUGAAUUAUAAAUAGUGUUAUCUGUCAUUUACUAACAAAUUAUUUUGUAUAAAAAAAGCAUCAAUGACUAAAACCAUCUGAUGGUGACCUGAUGCGACAGCUGAAAAAAAUAUUUGUAAAUGCACAAAUUCAUUGACUGUUUUCAUUUAUUAAUACUCUGAUUCAUUGUUGAAAAAUAUUUGUGAAUCAUUUUUACUAUUUAUUAAACACUCACUUUUUUAAAUAUAAAAUUUCAUAAAAUCAUAAAUCAUUUCAAUGAUGAUACUGGAAUUUAUAAAAUUGUUGAAUUGAUUCUAUAGCAUUGUUUAAGCCAAAAUGUGUGAAUUCUGAAUAUAGAUGCAAUGCAUUUCUCUAAUGUUAAUGAUGCAGUUAAAUAGUUCAAAAUUAUAAGAAAUAAAAUAAAGUUAAAAAUUCGACUAAUCAUUGGAUUAAAUACAUAUUUUUAAAAAUUAAUUUAAAAAUAAAUUAUUGUAAAUAUACAUUUUGUUAGACAUUGAAUUUUAAGUUAUUUCUGAAAGAAAUGGCCUUUAAAUCAUUGUUCUUUCUUGAAGGAAAGUUUUCCAAAUGUCGAUUUCAUUAACAAUGUUAUACAAAAUAAUGACUUUAAAUAAUACAGAUUUAUAUAGUACUCUGUUUGGGCAUGAAAUGCAGAUAAAUUAUUGAUCGAAUAUCAAUUAAAAGAUUAAAAAAAUGAUUUCUUUUCCAUUAAAGAGAUAGAAUUUAAAUUAUCUUAUUUGUAAUUAAAGGACAAAAGUGCAAUUAAUUAUUUUAUUUAUUAUUAUUGUUUGAGAAUAAUUUGUAAAUAAAUAUAAUAUAUAUUUAUAUCACAUUUGUUAAAAAAAUUGUAAAUAAUGUAAAUAAAAAUGAUCAGUUUCUUUUUGUCACAAAAUGUUAUUUAAAAAAAUACACACAUCUUAAUUUCUGUGAAUUUAUUUCAGUGUUUGUUGAGUUUAAGUUUGUAGAACUAGUAUCCUGAAAGAAAUAUUCUAUUUAGUAAUUAAACUACAAAGUAAAUUAAUUACUCUGUAGUUGUGGCAUAAUAAUUGGAGGGACAAGGGAAAAUGUAGAUGCUCUAUGUGCCAUUUUAGGAGGUAGUGUGGAGACAAAACAUUACUGCAUUUUAAUCCAUUUUUAAAGCAAAAUAUCACAGAGAAAAAAAAAUGGCUGAGUACAAGUUAUAUUUGCUAAACUAUUAUUUGUAUGAAGGGAAAAAUAUUCAUAUUAUGCCACAUAAGCCAGUUGCUAUGCCACUGUCUUUAGAAAAAUACUUAAAAAAUUAUUUUUGUCAGUUUUUUUUAUUAAUUUAUCAAUAAUUAAAAUAAUAACCAUUUUUAAAAGAUUUUCUUCUGUGUAUAAUAUCUAUUGUGUGAAGAUGAAAGUUACUGUAUUUACUUCU